UUCGAUUUCAUAGCGCACACGACACACUCGAGUAAAGAAGUACAGCAGUACAUUAGUGCUCUCAGAGUUUUAGUGAAGAGAUUAGAUUUUAAAAAUGUUUUGUUUCUGCAUGGAGGAGACGAAGAGAGACGACGAGGACAUGACGGUUGUCAACUAUACAAUCAUAAACGAUUAUGAAAGCACCGAAACCGAGGACAUCAAAACAAAGAGUCACAGACAAAUUCAACACACAGAACACAACACUGCUGGAAGAAACUGUUACAGACUGACUGCAGUGUGUGCGGUGCUGAUGUGUAUCCUCCUGAUGACUGCCGUCACUGUGCUGUGGGUCAAAUACAACAUCCUGUCUAGAGAACAAGACCAGUUAGAGCAGGAGAGAUCUGCAUUGCACCAUGUGCUGUUAAACUUUGGAUGGAGAGUUUUCAAACAGAAUAUUUAUUACAUUUCUACUGAAAAGAAGAACUGGACUGAGAGCAGACAGCACUGUAUAAAGAGAGGAGCAGAUCUGGUGAUUAUAUACAGUACAGAGGAACAGGAGUUCGUCAGUAAAUAUUCCAACGGUACUCGAGCUUGGAUUGGUCUGACUGACACAGACACAGAGGGGACAUUUAAAUGGGUGGACGGUUCACCACUGACCACUGACUUCUGGUGGAACGGAGAACCAAAUGAUUAUAAACAAAGAGAGGACUGUGUUAUAACAGGCCACGCAAAGGCUAAGUCUAACAUCUCAACCUGGGCUGAUUAUCCCUGUAACCUCCUUUUAGCUGGGAUUUGUGAGAUAAAAAUAUUUAAUUGAGCACACAAAGGUCAAUGGCUAAAAUCGAAACAUUAAAACUCUUCUUCUUUUUUUUUUUAAUGUAUGAAGCCAUUCUGUUACUAUUUAAAUAGUGAGUCAUGUAAAAUGACUGUAAAGUCAGGCAUAUGAAAUGGUUUUAAGAAAUUCAUUUUUUAAGAAAUUAAAAAGUUUAAACAAAAUCCAGUUGUUGUUUUUCUGAUAAGCAUUU